AUGUCUUUCACCAAGUACAUUCUCCCUGCGCUCGCCGCGUCCCAAGUUGCCUUUGCAACCUCCUCCUGCGGUGACACCACCAUCGCCAGCCAGACCGAUGCCGACACUCUCGCCGCCGAUUGCACCACUGUCAGCGGUGAUGUGACUAUCAAGUCGUCCUACGCCUCCAGCCUUGACCUUGGUGCCAUCAAGAAGAUCACCGGUACCCUCAGCUGCACUGACGCUCCCAACAUCACCAGCAUCAUUGGUGCUUCUCUCACCUCCAUCGGUGGCAACUUCACUCUGGACGGUCUCACCACUCUCAGUGAGCUGAGCUUCGCCGAGCUUACCUCCAUUGGCAGCAUUGCCUGGCAGGCACUCCCCGCUCUGUACUCUCUGGACUUCGCCGCCGGUGUCACCGAGGUUGGCGAUCUUAACAUCCUCAACACCGCGCUGACCACCUUGGACGGUAUCUCCUUGACCAGCGUUGGUCAGUUCCAGAUUGAGGACAACACUGGUCUGAAGACUUGCAACAUUAGCAGCCUCCAGAACGCCACUGGUCUGAUCAGCUUCGCUGGUAACCUCGACACCCUGGAGGUUGACCUGUCCAGCCUGGGCACUGGUACCUCUAUGACUUUCCGUAACAUCAGCAGCAUCUCCAUUCCCUCUCUGGAGAAGCUGACCGGUCAGCUCGGAUUCUGGGGUACUGACUUUGCCACUUUCUCUGCCCCCAAGCUCACUACCUCUGGUGACCUUGUCUUCACCGACAACUCCAAGCUUUCCAACAUCAGCAUGCCCGUCUUGAAGACCGUCGAUGGUGGUUUCACCGUUACCCGCAACGACGAGCUCCAGGUCAUUGACCUUCCUGACCUUGAGACCGUUGCCGGUGCCAUUGACUUCACCGGUAACUUCUACGAGGUUGAGUUCGGUUCCCUUGAGCGUGUCGCUGGUGCUUUCCGUAUCGAGUCCACCAACGGUACUUUCAGCUGCGAGAAGAUGAAGGCUGCCUACAAGACCACCGACAUUGUCAAGGGCUCAUGGAACUGCUAUGCUAACACCACCGACCCCACCACCGCUACCGGUGAGUCUGGCACCGAGUCUGGCUCCAGCACCGGCUCCAGCUCUACCGCCACCAGCUCUGGUGCCGCUAUUGCCAACGGUGUUGCCAUGCCCAUUGCCGGUGUCGCCGCUGCUUUCUACGCUCUGGCUCAGCUUAUCUAA